CAAAUUUUUGGCGACAGCUUCGAAGCGCAUUGUGAAGUACCUAAUUGAAAGUUGAACCACCUCCCGCUUGACUACACCAUCGCCAACUCCCUCUCUCGUCUGACCUCGCCCUCAAGUCCGCCUUGAACGAUACGAUACCACCCAACUGCAUCAUAUCCUGACAAACCUACACGUUCUGCGAAACACAAUUGAACCGCCAAAAUGAUUACCAAAUUCAUGACCGAGAUCACGACAAAGUUCAACCCCUUCUCGCCCGCAGCCAAGUCCGCGCGCCUCUUCAUGUCCAACAUCCCGCCCACGGCGCGCUCUACGGGCACGACGAUCAAGACUAUCCUCCUGCCCCGGACGUCGACGGAGCCCGCUUCGCUUUACGUCAAGUUCAAGGACGGCAAGGAAAUCACGAUUGACUGCGAAAAGAUGGGCGUCAAGAACAUGAUUGAGGAGGUGGACAGACACUCUCGCGGUCUGCAAAAGGCUGCCGACUUGACCGACUAGACGUAAAGGCCAGAGAGGAAAGAAUCCGUGUACUAUUAUAGCAUCUUGUUCUUUUUAACGAUAACCCGGCGUUUCAUGUUGGAAUUGGGAACGAUAGAUAUCCCUCAGGGCUCUCUCGAUUGGCUACGUCAGGCGGCUCAAUGUGUAGGAGACAGACUAGACGAGUGAGGCAGAUGCUGUCAAACUACUAUUGUACAAAAAUGCUUCAGGGGACUGAAACAACUCCUGC